AUGAGGAGCUUCAUUUUAAUAACAGCUUUGGUUCUCUGCAGCCGCAGCUGGAUCUCUGUCUCAGGUUCUGAGUUUCAGACUGUGGAGGUCCAGCUCGGUGAAGAAGUCACACUGCAGUGCUCCAACAUCUCCAAAUAUCCAACGCAGACAGACUGGUUCAGAGUGGUCAACAGAACUAAGCCCAGCUGUGUCUCUGCUAUGUAUGGAGCUCACACCCAAGCUUCAUUCUGUGAUGAAUUUAAAAACAGAAAUUUUAAUAUGAGUUCCAACAUCACUUUUGUCUUCCUUAAAAUCAAGCAAGUGGAUUUAUCUGAUUCUGGUCUGUAUUUCUGUGGAUUUUACAUUGAUGGAAAUACAGUUAUUUCCAGUGCAGUUGAGUUAAGAAUUCAAGGUGAUGAAACCAAUGAAGGAGAGGAUUUUCAGACUAAAAAGGAGCCCGUUAAAAUGACACAGCAGACAGCCAUCAUCCUUGGAGGUCUGACAGGUUUGCUCACUAUUGUGGUCGUUAUUCUUGGUCUAAAAAUCUGGACAUUUCAAAAAGCUGCUGGAGAACCAAAAGAAUAUAACAAGGAUGGGAGUUCAGACAAUCUGAACUAUGCAGCUCUGAAUUUCCAGAAAAAAGCCAAAAGAAGCCGUGGACCUGCAACACAGAGAGAGCUGGAGCCUCAUGUUGUGUAUGCUGCCACAAGAUAGAUGGAGCUGCAGCUCAGAACAGAUAUCAUGCUUUAUCAUGUUAAUUUGCUGGUGACUUUGUGUAUGUGU